UAAUAACAACAAUAAUAAUAAUAAUCAACUCGGAAUUAUAAGUGAGCGUUCUUUAAGUGAUAAGGCGGCUCAAGGGUUUAGAGAAAUAGUGAGUUUUGCUAUAAUUUUAUUAUUUAACCAAUGGUAUACGUUACAGGUGGGACUAAUUCUAUUGAAUUCUAUUGAAGCCAAUAAAUUUAAAGAGCACAGAUUUAAAUUUAAGUUGCGUGGUAAUUAUCAAAUUACAAACAAACACAUUGUAUUUUUUAUCGCCGAGGUUAGAAAUUGGUUACGAGCCCAGUUAUUAAUAAUGGGUAAACGUUAUUAUUGCGACUACUGUGAUCGAUCGUUCAAGGAUGCUCAAGGAGCAAGAAAAAAGCAUCUUAUUAGUUUACAGCACACGAAAAAUAGAGAAGACCAUUAUAACUUUUACAAAGAUCCUGAGAAGAUUUUAGAAGAAGAAGCAAACAAAAAGUUGUGUAUGAGAUUUAUUAAAGAAGGAGAAUGUCCGUUUGGUGGUUCGUGUAGAUAUUCUCACUAUACUCCAGAGAAGAUUCAAGAAUUACAAAAUUACGUCGCAACAAGAAAGUUAAUGAAAGAGAAUGCCUUCAAUCCAGAUCCAGAAGAAAUUGUUAAACAAUAUUUUGAGGAUACCGUAGACCCUGAGGAAAUUGUAGAAAACAAUAUAAAUUUAUGGCCAUUGCCAGAAGAAUUGAAAAAAUACCCAAAUCUGCCACCUUCGCUACAGCCAAUGACCUACAAGAACUUUACCUCCUCCGACUUUCCAGAAUGGGGCUGGCGAUAAUAUUAAGACUUUGUCAAUAAAGUAGCACGCAUUAAUUAAUCAUUCAAAUUGUGAUAUUGUGAUAUUAGGCUGUACGGGGCAACCUAGACAGUGACAGUUUACAAAUGAGCUCCCAGUCAUCGUUAGGAGUCCUGUACAAUAUUGUCAUGUAAAUAUAAUUACGUUCGCGUCAAUCUCCGAUUGCGCGUGUACAGCACUGAUUAAAGUCUAUUUACAACCUA